AUGGACGUGACAUUCGAGACCCCGGAAGGCAGGGUCUUCAUUAUCGAGGUCUGGUUCUUUGCCACCGUCCAAGAGAUGAAGGAGAUGAUCCAGAAGUUCCAUGGCUUCCCUGUGGCCCGGCAGAGGCUCGUCUUCGAGGGCCGGGUUUUGGAAGAUCACCACAACACAGAGCACUACGGCAUCCUCCAGGACUCCAGAGUCCGUCUUUUCCUAGAGAUGCCGCCGGAGUUCAGCGCGGAGAGACCCGCCUUGAAGGCAGAGGAGCCCGUGGACCAGUCGGAGAUGCCGCCGCGUCAACUCCAUUCGCCGUCGCCGUCUGCAAAGCGGCUUAGGGUAAUGGUGCUGCCCAAAUGCGGAACGAAGAAGAUAGCAGUUGAAGUCAAUGGGUGGGAGAACGUCAAGGAGCUGAGGAGGGAGCUGAUAAGGCUGCAGGAGAAGCAGCAGGUCAAUCUCCCGGCUGAGGGUUACUUCUUCAUCUACAGGCAGAACGUGAUGGACGAGGACCGCUCCUUUCGCUGGCACGACGUCCGCCAUGGGGACACCAUCGAGAUCUUCAAUGGCAGCGUCACCUCCGGCUCCUGA